AUGGACAAGAGGUUUAACAAAUACUUGUUAAAUGUUUAUCAAGCAGUUUGGUUGGUUUUUGGACUAUGCCUUGCUUGGUGCAGUUCUGGUACGACUGAAUUAACCCAUCAAGCCAACGGACAAGGAUAUAAUCUUGCACGAAGCCCUUGUUGCUGGUUUGUCAAUGAGAGUGCUUCAUACAGUCAGUGGCGCAGUCAUAGUGAUUUAGAUAGGCAAUUAUCUGAAAACACCUUUAAUGACCCAACGCACUAUGCCCCGAGUACCUUAGAUAAGAAUCCACCAGCAGUAAUGGACAGUUGCCAAGCCAAAGACCAAAUAUCCCAAGCACAAUCCACUGAAGAUUGUAUUGAUUUUACGUGGGAUGCCAAUGUCUGCAGUGCCAGCAACUGCACAGCAGAUAUGACCAAACACAUUGCAUCGCGCCAGUUUCUAAAUGAAACAGAGGAGCAUCUUCUUUUGAAGUUUAUAUGUAGGACAAAUCUUGAUAGGGCACCGAGCGUGCAGGUAGAUAGAUUAGAGGCGAUGUUUAUUGUUUUCAAAGACCCUGGCUCCGAUAAGUAUGAACUGGUUAGUCAGAGCAUGUACGACAUUUAUACGUGCUGUAUAGGCAAGGACUUGUCGAAGGAGGACUUGAAGAGCCUGCAGAAUAUAUUAGAUAAAUUCAGUCAAAUUAAACUCGGAGCAUUCACGAUCAAUAUCUACAACGCAGAUUAUGCCAAUAGCCUUCUUGUCGUAUCUAAGUUUCUAACAAUACUUGAGCACGACAACAAGAAAAACCAGAUAACGAUCAUCUUAAAUACACCCAAGAAAAACCCACACUUAGACGACAGUAUAUGGUUAACCGAAGAGUCUGGCUUACAACAGACGUUUCAAACCCAAAUCCAAGCAAUUGACCAGUCGAAACAUCGAAUCAGUAUAAUGAUCUACUACCUCACCAUGCCCGUUAAAACGUUUGUUUGGCCACUACUGACUCAAUUCACACUAUUGGACUUGGUCCUAAACUUCCCGAUAAUGACAGAGAUAAACUUCUUUGACACUCAAGAGUUGCGUCCGCAAUGCGGUCUUGGGAUAGUUAUUAAUAAGCCCAACAUCACUAUUACUCUGCCUUCUAAUCUCCCAACCGACAUAAGCGACUCCAAUGAAUUUAGUAUGGUCAUCAGGACAAUCUACUCUGACUACGCCAAUCGCCCAACAAACAUUUCUCUUCUUAAUCUUGAUUGCUGUUUCAAACUGGCGGCGAAAGAAACUUCCCCAGUAUUAAUAGCCACCCGGCUGGUACUUUCCUUCGAUCUUAUAAUCUCAUACAUUCAAUCCAUUCCAACCAUACCAAUAUUUGUUUCUAUUCUUAGUAUAGUUGGUGUUCCCACUGAUCUUGUCCCCGGCAAAACCACCAAGAACAAGGAAGACAUAAUUCAAGAGUACACAGCCCUGGUUAACCCCGAAGGCUUUGCUAAUCCCAAUCGCAACCCAAGAACAACCCAAUCCAUCGGUUAUGGUGAUUUAUACUUAACUGAUUGUGACAAAGAGACUAUCAUAGACAGAGACCUCUUUCUAGCAUGUUUCUCCCCAAUAAUAGCUUCAUCCUAA